UUGAAUUUGCAUCUCUUCAAGACACAAGAUCCAAACAAAAUUUACGCUAAAUUGGAUUUUAAAUUAUCUUCCGUUCAUUUAUCCUUCGUCUUUCUUAUGUGGAUAUGCAAGCGAGAGGAGGAGAGAGUACAUUCCCAUCAUGCUUACACCCUUAAUCUGUCGGUCUAGAGGUUUGGCUUCUACAAACCAAGGGAGUCGACAAGUUGAAGAUGAAGCCCAGAGCCAAAUGCUGUUCUCCCAAGUUCUGGUUGGUGUUGGCCGUCUUGGCCGUGUCAGGCAGCAGGGCUCGUUCUCAGAAGAGUCCCCCCAGCAUUGGCAUUGCUGUCAUCCUCGUGGGUACUUCAGACGAGGUGGCCAUCAAAGAUGCCCACGAGAAAGAUGAUUUCCACCAUCUCUCCGUGGUGCCCCGGGUGGAGCUGGUAGCCAUGAACGAGACUGACCCAAAGAGCAUCAUCACUCGCAUCUGUGAUCUCAUGUCUGACCGGAAGAUCCAGGGGGUGGUGUUUGCUGACGACACAGACCAGGAAGCCAUCGCCCAGAUCCUUGAUUUCAUUUCUGCUCAGACUCUCACCCCCAUCCUGGGCAUCCACGGGGGCUCCUCUAUGAUAAUGGCAGACAAGGAUGAGUCUUCCAUGUUCUUCCAGUUUGGCCCCUCCAUUGAACAGCAAGCUUCUGUCAUGCUCAACAUCAUGGAAGAAUACGACUGGUAUAUCUUUUCAAUUGUUACCACCUACUUCCCUGGCUACCAGGACUUUGUGAACAAGAUCCGUAGCACCAUUGAGAAUAGCUUCGUGGGAUGGGAGCUGGAGGAAGUUCUCUUACUGGACAUGUCCCUGGAUGAUGGAGACUCUAAGAUCCAGAACCAGCUCAAGAAGCUUCAAAGCCCCAUCAUUCUUCUUUAUUGUACUAAGGAAGAAGCCACCUACAUCUUUGAAGUAGCUAACUCAGUAGGGCUCACCGGCUACGGCUACACAUGGAUCGUGCCCAGUUUGGUGGCAGGAGAUACAGACACGGUGCCCUCGGAGUUUCCUACAGGGCUCAUUUCUGUAUCCUAUGAUGAAUGGGACUAUGGCCUCCCUGCCAGAGUGAGAGAUGGGAUCGCCAUUAUCACCACUGCUGCUUCUGACAUGCUGUCUGAGCACAGCUUCAUCCCCGAGCCCAAGAGUAGUUGUUACAACACUCAUGAGAAGAGGAUCUACCAGUCGAAUAUGCUGAAUAGGUACCUGAUCAAUGUCACUUUUGAGGGGAGAAAUCUGUCCUUCAGUGAAGAUGGAUACCAGAUGCACCCGAAGCUGGUGAUCAUCCUUCUGAACAAGGAGAGGAAGUGGGAGAGGGUGGGAAAGUGGAAAGACAAGUCCCUGCAGAUGAAAUACUACGUGUGGCCCCGGAUGUGUCCUGAGACCGAAGAGCAGGAGGAUGACCACUUGAGCAUUGUGACCUUGGAGGAGGCACCAUUUGUCAUUGUGGAAAGCGUGGACCCUUUGAGUGGAACCUGCAUGAGGAACACAGUCCCCUGCCAAAAACGCAUAGUCUCUGAGAAUAAAACAGAUGAGGAGCCGGGCUACAUCAAAAAAUGCUGCAAAGGGUUCUGUAUCGACAUCCUUAAGAAAAUUUCUAAAUCUGUGAAGUUCACCUAUGACCUUUACCUAGUUACCAAUGGCAAGCAUGGGAAAAAAAUCAAUGGAACCUGGAAUGGUAUGAUUGGAGAGGUGGUCAUGAAGAGGGCUUACAUGGCAGUGGGAUCUCUCACCAUCAACGAGGAGCGAUCGGAGGUUGUUGACUUCUCUGUACCCUUCAUAGAGACUGGCAUCAGUGUCAUGGUGUCACGCAGCAAUGGGACUGUCUCACCUUCUGCCUUCUUAGAGCCAUUCAGUGCUGACGUAUGGGUGAUGAUGUUCGUGAUGCUACUCAUUGUCUCAGCCGUGGCUGUCUUUGUCUUUGAAUACUUCAGCCCUGUGGGUUAUAACAGGUGCCUCGCUGAUGGCAGAGAGCCAGGUGGCCCAUCUUUCACCAUCGGCAAAGCUAUUUGGUUACUCUGGGGUCUGGUGUUUAACAACUCUGUACCUGUGCAGAACCCAAAGGGGACCACUUCCAAGAUCAUGGUGUCAGUGUGGGCCUUCUUUGCUGUCAUUUUCCUGGCCAGCUACACUGCCAACUUAGCUGCCUUCAUGAUCCAAGAAGAAUAUGUGGACCAGGUUUCUGGCCUGAGUGACAAAAAGUUCCAGAGACCUAAUGACUUCUCACCCCCUUUCCGCUUUGGAACUGUGCCCAAUGGCAGCACAGAGAGGAAUAUUCGUAAUAACUAUGCAGAGAUGCAUGCCUACAUGGGCAAGUUCAACCAAAGGAGUGUAGACGAUGCACUGCUCUCCCUGAAGACAGGGAAACUGGAUGCCUUCAUCUACGAUGCUGCAGUGCUGAACUACAUGGCAGGCAGAGAUGAAGGCUGUAAGCUGGUAACCAUUGGCAGUGGCAAGGUCUUUGCUUCCACUGGCUAUGGAAUUGCCAUCCAAAAAGAUUCUGGGUGGAAGCGCCAGGUAGACCUUGCUAUCCUGCAGCUGUUUGGAGAUGGAGAAAUGGAAGAACUAGAAGCUCUCUGGCUCACUGGCAUUUGUCACAAUGAGAAGAAUGAGGUCAUGAGCAGCCAGCUGGACAUUGACAACAUGGCAGGUGUCUUCUACAUGUUGGGGGCGGCCAUGGCUCUCAGCCUCAUCACCUUCAUCUGUGAACACCUUUUCUAUUGGCAAUUCCGGCAUUGCUUUAUGGGUGUCUGUUCUGGCAAGCCUGGCAUGGUCUUCUCCAUCAGCAGAGGUAUCUACAGCUGUAUCCAUGGAGUGGCUAUUGAGGAGCGCCAAUCCGUGAUGAAUUCCCCCACCGCGACCAUGAACAACACCCACUCCAACAUCCUGCGCCUGCUCCGCACGGCCAAAAACAUGGCCAACCUGUCGGGUGUGAAUGGCUCCCCGCAGAGCGCCCUGGACUUCAUCCGUCGCGAGUCAUCCGUCUAUGACAUCUCCGAGCACCGCCGCAGCUUCACGCAUUCGGACUGCAAGUCCUACAACAACCCGCCCUGCGAGGAGAACCUCUUCAGUGACUACAUCAGCGAGGUGGAGAGAACGUUCGGCAACCUGCAACUGAAAGACAGCAACGUGUACCAAGACCACUACCACCAUCACCAUCGGCCGCACAGCAUCGGCAGCACCAGCUCCAUCGACGGCCUAUAUGAUUGUGACAACCCACCCUUCACCACCCAGCCGCGGUCCAUCAGCAAGAAACCCCUGGACAUCGGCCUGCCCUCCUCCAAACACAGCCAGCUAAGUGACCUGUAUGGCAAAUUCUCCUUCAAGAGCGAUCGCUACAGCGGUCACGAUGACUUGAUCCGCUCCGACGUGUCCGACAUCUCCACCCACACGGUCACCUAUGGGAACAUCGAAGGCAAUGCAGCCAAGAGGCGGAAGCAGCAGUACAAGGACAGCCUGAAGAAGCGACCAGCCUCGGCCAAGUCCCGGCGGGAGUUCGAUGAGAUCGAGUUGGCCUAUCGUCGCCGGCCACCCCGCUCCCCAGACCACAAGCGCUACUUCAGGGACAAAGAAGGGCUCCGGGAUUUCUACUUGGACCAAUUCCGAACAAAGGAGAACUCGCCUCACUGGGAGCACGUGGACCUGACCGACAUCUACAAGGAGCGAAGUGAUGACUUUAAGCGCGACUCGGUCAGCGGAGGUGGGCCCUGUACCAACAGGUCUCACCUCAAACAUGGGACUGGUGACAAGCACGGUGUGGUAGGCGGAGUGCCAGCCCCUUGGGAGAAGAACCUGAGCAACGUGGAUUGGGAGGACCGGUCCGGAGGCAACUUCUGUCGCAGCUGUCCCUCCAAGCUGCACAACUACUCGACCACGGUAACAGGUCAGAAUUCGGGCAGGCAGGCGUGCAUCCGGUGUGAGGCCUGCAAGAAGGCUGGCAACCUGUAUGACAUCAGUGAGGACAACUCCCUGCAGGAACUGGACCAGCCGGCUGCACCUGUGGCAGUGACAUCCAGUGCCUCCACCACCAAGUACCCCCAGAGCCCGACUAAUUCCAAGGCCCAGAAGAAGAACCGGAACAAGCUGCGGCGACAGCACUCCUAUGACACCUUCGUGGACCUGCAGAAGGAAGAGGCCGCCUUGGCCCCACGCAGUGUGAGCCUGAAAGACAAGGGCCGUUUCAUGGAUGGGAGCCCCUACGCCCACAUGUUUGAGAUGCCAGCUGGUGACAGCACCUUUGCCAACAACAAGUCCUCAGUGCCCACUGCCGGACACCACCACCACAACAACCCCGGUGGCUACAUGCUCAGCAAGUCGCUCUACCCUGACCGGGUCACGCAAAACCCUUUCAUCCCCACUUUUGGGGACGACCAGUGCUUGCUCCAUGGCAGCAAAUCCUACUUCUUCAGGCAGCCCACGGUGGCAGGGGCGUCGAAAGCCAGGCCGGACUUCCGGGCCCUUGUCACCAACAAGCCGGUGGUCUCGGCCCUUCAUGGGGCUGUGCCAGGCCGCUUCCAGAAGGACAUCUGUAUAGGGAACCAGUCCAACCCCUGUGUGCCUAACAACAAAAACCCCAGGGCUUUCAAUGGCUCCAGCAAUGGGCAUGUUUAUGAGAAGCUUUCUAGUAUUGAGUCUGAUGUCUGAGUGAGGGAAGAGAGGUUAAGCUGGGUAUGGGAGGGUUAGGGCUGUGGGUUGUGUGGUGCGCAUGUCAUGGAGGGGGUGGGGUGAACUUGGUUCCCAUUUGCUCCUUUCUUAUUUUUAUUUAUGGGAUCCUGGAGUUCUAGUUCCUACUGAAAGCAAUCCUGGUGACCAGCACCAUCUCUCCUCCCUUGUGCAGUUCUCUUCUCCUACCCUCCUCCCACCCCCCUCAUCUGUCCGUCCUGCCAUUCCUGUUCCCAUAAGAGGAUGGAACGGGCCCUCUCAGAAUUGGAGGGUGGAGAGGAGACAGGAAGCAUGCGAGCUUCCUCCUAGCAUGGAAGAGCUCUUUGCCAUACACUUUGAGUGAAGCUAGGAGAAGCAAAAGGAGGCCACAUAAGCAUGGGGUAGCUUUUCCUCAACUGAUCUUACUGUUUAGGUGAGGAAGCAAAAGUGAGACCAUGUAGAUAGAAUACCACUCCUGAAUGGAAAGAGGUUUUUGCUAAAUUCUUGUUGCCUAGAUGGCAUCUGCCUAAAGACCAUGUGCCAAACAAAGCCCAUGUGUGUUUAUAUAUAAGCCAAAAAAAUGUUUGCUUCAGCUCCAUGAGAGCCAUUAGUGUUAAACUUGAGUGAGAGGUCAUGGUGGAAGAUUGGAUUCCUGAACAAACUAGGAAGUUCACUGUAAUAGUGUUCCAUGGUACACUGAAGAACGGGGGAUCGUGUGUGCAUGUAUGUCCACGUACACUUGCACACAUGUGUAGUCAGAUGCCUCUAAAUGUAAAGAAGGCAACCUUGACUCAUAAUUGUGACUUUCCACAUCCCUAAGCAAUGUGCUUGUUUUGGCUUAUAUACAAACAGAGAUGGUCAUAUGACACCUGAAUUUUGGCUGUUUCUUCCCUUCACCUCCCUGAAUGAGAAGAAUGGAAGUUCUUGACAAAGAAGAUUCUAUGCUGUAGACAAAAAAGAAAGAAAGUAAGUAAGAGGAUCCAAUAAAAGCAAGGCACAAAAACUUUUUUUUCAGUGAUUGGCAAUAGUUUCGACCAGCUUGGUCUCAGAGC